GAGGACAAAUACAAGAUGUGGAUGAGGCACCGCUACAACGACUGCGUGGCUUGCUUGGCGGAGCUGAUGGGGCACGAUGCCUUCCAGGUCAAGGAAUCAUCGCUCUGCACCCUCAUGAAGUUCGUUGAGUUAGAGGCACAGCAUCCAUUGAUCAAAGUAGAGUGGAAGGGGAGCUUAACGUUUCCUCGUGAACAUCUUAAGGUAGUUGUUGAUGGCUUACUUCCCUUACAUGAGGAUGCUUCACUCCUGAUCUCUCGCUUUCAAGAAUAUAUGGAGUAUGAUGACAUUCGGUACUUUGUCAUAAAGGCGGUCACUGAGAGUAUUGGACAAGUCAUGCAGAAGACAAAAGAGAGGCCGCUGCCGUUUUACCAGCAGAAUGUAUUUUCCCUCAUUUCACCCAUUAACAUGCCGAACAAAGAGCAUGACAUGGUCAAAUUUAUGGUGAAGCAAGAUAACUGGGAGGAAUUGAAAGUGUCAAAGCUGCAGGCACACAAGCAGGCGUUUGAAAAAAUGUGGCUCAGUUUUUUGAAGCACAAGCUGCCCACUGGCCUUUACAAAAAAGUUCUUGUCAUUCUGCAUGACUGCAUCCUGCCUUACAUGAAUGAGCCCACUCUCAUGAUAGAUUUCUUGACGGUGGCCUAUGGCAUAGGUGGAGCAAUCAGUCUUCUAGCCUUAAAUGGAUUAUUUAUUCUGAUUCAUCAGCAUAAUCUGGAAUAUCCUGACUUUUACAAAAAGCUGUACAGUCUUUUAGACCCUUCUAUAUAUCACGUGAAGUACCGAGCCCGCUUUUUCCAUUUAGCUGAUCUGUUUUUGUCUUCGACUCACUUGCCGGCGUACCUGGUAGCGGCAUUUAUAAAGCGCCUCUCCCGGCUGGCCCUCACUGCCCCUCCCGAGGCUCUGCUCAUGGUCAUUCCCUUCAUCCGUAAUCUCCUUCGGAGGCACCCCGCCUGCAAAGUGCUAGUGCACAGACCUAACGGGCCGGAAGGUAUGUCAGAAGAUCCAUAUAUUAUGGAGGAGGAGGAGCCAUCUGAAAGCAGGGCGUUGGAGAGCUCUCUCUGGGAGAUCCAGUCUCUACAAAACCAUUACCACCCAGAUGUGGCCAAGGCAGCUGCUACCCUGAACCGGUCGCUGUCUGAAAUAGAGGACGACAUAUCGGGGCUCCUGGAGCUCUCGGCGUACGAGCUUUUUGAUAAAGAAGUAAAGAAAAAGGCUGUUGACGUGCCCCUGGAAUUUGAGCAAGUACGAGGUUUGUUUGGGAAGAAAAAUGAUAUUUUUGCAGAGCACUUCACUUUAGAUUGACGUGAUCCUUUGUAAACACAUCUGCACGACUGACUGAUCCUGGGGAUGUGCACGGAGCUCACGUGUUGUGCUCGGCGGUUCUGCCUUUGAAGCAUCUCCACGUGAUGAGAGCUGGGCUGCUUGAGGAGGGUGCAGCCUUCUUCAGUGACCUUUGCCGCUGCCCAC